AUGGCGGAAAAGGAGGAAACAAAACUUUCAGAAAACUCGGCUGAGGAUGAUGAUGUCAGAAGAGAUGAAGAUGAAAGUGAGACAGAAUCAGAGGAGUCAGAGGAGGAAGUGGAACCAAAGUUGAAAUAUGAGAGGAUCGGGAAUGACUUGUUAAACAUCUUGACUAAAGAUGCAGCUAGCUGUAUUGCAGUUCAUGAAAAGUUCUUAGCACUGGGGACCCACUGGGGCAUGAUCCACAUCCUCGACCAUUGUGGCAAUAAUAUUGUCAGCAAAGAACUUCCAGCACACCAGACCACUGUCAACCAGAUGAGCAUUGACGAGAAUGGCGAUUUCCUGGCCAGUUGCAGUGAUGAUGGAAGGGUGGUGAUAAAUGGACUCUACACAAAUGAUAACAACCAAGUGCUCAACUUUGAUAGGCCCGUCAAAGCUGUCUCGAUGGAUCCACAUUUCUUUAAACAUGGAAGUGGCAAGCAUUUUGUAACAGGGGAUGACAAGCUUGUGCUUAAUGAAAAAGGAUUUCUAGGACGUAAUAAGACAGUAGUGCUACACCAAGGGGAAGGUGCAAUAAGGAAUAUACAAUGGAGAGGAAGCUUCAUAGCCUGGGCAAAUGACCAGGGUGUUAAGAUCUAUGAUAUGAGCUCUAAGCGCAGAAUCACCUUCAUAGCCAGGGACAACCCAAAGUUGAGGCCUGAGUUAUACAGAUGUAACUUGUGUUGGAAAGAUACAACCACUCUUCUGAUAGGCUGGGGAGAUAGUGUGAAGGUGUGUGUUAUAAAGGAGAGAUUGUCCCAUGAUGCAAGAGAUUUACCUAACAGAUAUGUAGAGAUAGUUUCAAUGUUCACCACAGAUUUCUUCAUCAGUGGAAUAGCCCCCUAUGGCUCUUCUCAGCUGAUCUGCCUCAGUUUUGACAUUGAGGAGGGUGCACAGGGAGAGGCUGGGAAAUAUGCAGCUAGUAGACCUCAUUUAAGGAUUAUCGAACCCCAUAUGGACUAUUAUGAUGAGUUGUCCAAUGAUGCACUUUCCAUACGGGGGUUCCAAGAAUACAGGUGCAAUGACUAUCACUUAGAAUGUGUUGUAUCAGAUAACAUCUACUUCAUAGUAAGUCCUAAAGAUAUAGUUGCAGCUAAGCCCAGGGAUGAAGAUGACCACAUCACUUGGUUGCUAGACAACGAGAUGUUUGAAGAAGCCAUGGUUACAGCUACAGCUCAUAGUAAAGACCUUAAGAAACAUAAUUUCCAGGAUAUUGGUAAAGCUUAUUUAGCAUACCUUCUUGAGGAACAGUCAUAUAGCGAAGCAGCCCAGCUCUGUAGCAGAAUUCUGGGUAAAAGUAAAGAUUUAUGGGAAGAAGAAGUCUACAAAUUUGCACAGAUUCGCCAACUCAAGAGUCUUGCACCUUAUGUACCAAGAGAGGAACCAAGACUGGACCCAGCAAUUUAUGAGAUGAUUCUAAAUGAGUUCUUACAAACUGAUGAACAGGGUUUCCAGCGCCUGAUCAAGGAAUGGCCCAGCUCCCUGUAUAACAUACAGACCAUAGUGAAUGCUGUACUGGACAGACUUGGCAGGGACAACAACAAUGCAGUGCUUCUUCACAGUCUUGCUGCCCUAUAUACUGCUGACAAAAGAUAUGAUAAGGCUCUGGCUAUGUAUCUAAGGUUGAAGCACAAAGAUGUAUUUGAGCUGAUACACAAACACAACUUGUUUGACUCAAUCAGUGAUAAGAUUGUGAGACUCAUGGACUUUGAUGCUGACAGGGCUGUCACUCUGUUGCUGGACAACCUACAGAGAAUUCCAAUAGAGAAAGUUGUUCAUCAGCUAGAAGACCACCCAAAAAUGCUCCACAUCUACCUGGACAGACUCUUCAGACGUGACCCACAUUCUGGCCAAGACUUCCACGAACUACAAGUAAAACUUUACGCUGAGUAUGAUCGAACUAAGCUUCUGUCAUUCUUGAGAAGUAGUAACUACUAUCCACUACAGAAAGCAAUGGAGGUGUGUACACAAAGAAAGUUUAUUCCUGAGAUGGUUUUUCUCUUAGGUAGAAUGGGUAACACAAAGCAGGCAUUAAAGCUGAUUACGAAUGAGUUGAGAGAUGUGGAUCGUGCCAUAGACUUCUGUAAAGAGCACCAUGAUAAAGAACUGUGGGAGGACCUUAUCUCAUACUCCAUAGACAAACCUGCUUUCAUCACUGGACUCCUGAACAACAUAGGGACCCACGUGGACCCCAUCAUCCUCAUACAGAAGAUAGAACAGGGAAUGGAGAUACCUGGACUGAGGGACUCUCUAGUGAAAAUACUUCAAGAUUAUAAUUUACAAAUCUCUUUGCGUGAAGGUUGCAAGAAGAUCCUGGUUGCAGAUUGCUUUGGUUUGUUGGACAAACUUGUAAAAACUCAAAGGAAAGGUAUUUCAGUAGAAGAGGACCAGGUCUGCCAAGCUUGCCAUGAAAAACUUAUAGUUAAUGAUCUGCGCUACGCCAGUAACAUCAUCACAUUCUUCUGUCGUCAUUCCUUCCAUGAGGAUUGUCUACCAGUUCAUGCCAUGGAAACUUGCAGUAUUUGUGUAGCUCAGAAAAGAGGACCAGGAAGAUAUUCAAUGCUCCGAAAAUAGCACAGAUUUUAAUCAAUUAUCAAUUUAUUGUAUCCUGGACUGAACCGUUGUCAAGGAAAAGGAAGCAGAUGGCCCAACACAACCAAUCUUUGAGCAUUGUAUCCUUAUGAUAUCCAAUCAAAUACAUCGGAAUCAGAAUUACAAGUUCACUAGAUUUGAAUUGAACUACAAUGCAAUGAUAUCGUGAAGAUGUUUUUGUGGAAUGUAAAACUUCAAAGACCACCUACAUUUCAUAGUGUAAGAAUUGGGAUAAGUUAAAGAACUCAUUGUCCACAACUUAAAACCUAAUGAUAUUUCUUAUUAGAUGUAUGUGAAUAGUGAUCUUCUCACAAUUGAAGCAUGUGACUGCUGAAGCUGUGCCCACUUGAGGUUUUGAAAAUCAUGCACCCACAUCCUGUGAAAAUUCAUUUGAUAUAUAUUUUGGCCUUUGGUUAGCCUUGCCCAAGUUGGUCU